AUGCUUUUGAAUACAAUUAUAAUAGUAGUCUCUAUGAAAGACUUCUACAAACAACUUCAUAAUUCAUUAAGUAUAGAUCAAUGCAAAAUCUUAAUUUAGUCAAUUCUAAAUUUUUGUAUGAAGGAAAAUGAUUGGAUUCAGAAUCUGUAAGUAAAAUGCAAUUUCCAUAAAAUUUUCCAAACAAAUCAAAUAAUUCAAAUAAUUUUUGAUUUUUUGAUGUUCAUUGUGGCACAUAAUUUAAUAUUAACAAUUCAUUAUUUAAUGAAUAUGACGCUUAUAGAUUAUUCUAUUUGGUAUAUUUCUUUUUAUAAGAUUAUGAUAAUCACAAUGAAAGAUUAAUUUCAAUUGAAAUUCCUUAUCGAGCUUAAGUUAAAUUAACUAAAAAAUAUCUUUAUAAAUUCAAUGCAAAACUUAUAGAUUAUGUUGAAUUUGUUACCAAAGAUGCUUUUUAGGACAAAUAAAGUGAUAUCAUGAUUAUUUCACUCAUUAGAAGUGAAGGACUUGGAUUUUUAACAGACUAUAGGAGAGAAAAAAUAUUGCUACUUCAAGGACUCAAUUUGGAUAAUUCAUAAUUGGAAAUUCCAAUGGUUUAUUGA